CUCCCUGCUGUUGUUAUCGUCCUACUUCUUAAUCUCCUUGACCUGUCUUGACUGCUUCUCAAGGUCAAACAACGAUUGCAUGCAAUGACAUUCCUUACACGCGAGGAAAUCGAGAGACAUUCAUCUCGCCAGUCAUGCUGGGUUGCCAUCCAUGGCUCUGUUUACGAUGUGACCGAUUUCAUUGACGAACACCCCGGCGGUCCGCAAGUAAUCCUCCGCUGUGCCGGCAAGGACGCAACAGCAGACUUCGACUCCGUCCACGACAAGUCCCUCCUCACCGAGGCCCUUGAACCAUCAUGCUUGAAAGGCACAAUCCAGCCCGGCACACUCUCAGCCCCAUCCCCAUCUUCACCACCGCCAUCAUCACCCUCACCGCCCAGCCCCUUACCCAAGAUAGUAGCCACCAAAACCACAGCCCCCGCCCCUCCCCUCUCCACCCUCAUCAACCUCCACGACUUCGAAAAAGUCGCCCACCAACACCUUUCCCCUCACGCAUGGGCCUACUACGCCUCCGGCGCCGACGACGAGCACAGCAAGCACGCCAACGCCAAAGCCUACCGCAAAGUCUCGCUACGCCCGCGCAUCCUCCGCAGCAUCCGGGCCGGCGUCGACACCCGCACCACCAUCUUAGGUCAGAAGGUCUCGCUGCCGGUGUACAUGAGUCCCACCGGGAUCGCCAAGCUGGCGCACCCGGACGCCGAAUGCGCCCUGGCGGCGGCGGCGGGCCACGAGGGGCUGGCCCAGGUGCUGGCCAACGGGGCGAGCAUGCCCAUCGAGAGAGUGCGCGCGGCGCGCACGAACCCCCAGCAUCAGCCGCUGUUUGCGCAGCUGUACGUCAACAAAGAUAGACGGAAGUCGGUGGAGACGGUCCGGAGGGCGGUGGAGGCGGGGGCUUGCGGGGUUUGGGUGACGGUCGAUUCGCCGGUUGUGGGGAAACGGGAGAUGGAUGAGAGGUUGAAUUUGGAGGUGCAGGCACGAGACUCGUCCGCCCGAGGCCAGGGCGUCGCAAAGACCAUGGCUAGUUCUAUCUCGCCGUUCAUCGACUGGGAGAUUCUGACCUGGUUACGCAACCUCACCGACUUGCCGAUUGUGAUUAAGGGGAUCCAGUGCGUUGAGGAUGCGGUGUUGGCGUACCAGCGGGGAGUGCAGGGGAUCGUUCUCUCGAAUCAUGGGGGGAGGUCGCAGGAUACAAUCACUAAUGAUAAGUUGGAGGUCAGCGCUCAACCUCCACUCGUCACCUUGCUUGAGAUCCGCAGACACGCGCCCUAUUUGAUUGGAAGCCGGAUGCAGAUCUUCGUGGACGGCGGGAUUCGUCGUGGGACCGAUGUCCUCAAGGCGCUGGCGCUGGGCGCAUCGGCUGUUGGGCUUGGACGGCCGUUCCUCUACGGUCUCGCGGCAGGGUACGGCGAGGAGGGGGUGCGCCGCGUGAUUGCUAUCCUGCGGCAGGAGAUCGAGGCGAAUAUGGUGUUCUUGGGCGUGACGAAGCUGGCGGAGUUGGGGCCUCAUCUGCUGAAUGCGACGCGGUUGGAGAGAGAUGUGGUUGGUGAGGUGAAGUUGUAG